AUGUUCACUGGUCUUGUUGAAAUUAUGGGCACUGUCUCCAAUAUUCAGGAGCAAGAUAACUCUGAAUCUGGUGGCAAUGGCUGGACCAUCACAGUAUCUGAUGCUGCUGACAUAUUGACUGAUUGUCACCUCGGCGAUAGUAUUGCCAUCAAUGGUACCUGUUUGACAGCUACCGAGUUUGACUCUGAUUCCUUCAAGGUGGGCGUUGCUCCCGAGACUCUGAGAUGCACCAAUUUAGGCGAUUUGAAGGUGGGAGACAAAGUCAAUUUGGAGCGUGCUAUGGAUUCAAACAAGAGAUUUGGUGGUCAUAUGGUGCAGGGCCAUGUCGACAACACUGUCAAGAUUAUCAGCAUCAAGCCUGAAGGAAAUUCCAUCUGGUACACCUUUCAAAUGGAGCAAGUGGAUAAGGAUAAGAUGAGAUAUGUGAUUCCAAAGGGAUUCAUUUGUUUGGAUGGUACUUCGUUGACUGUGUGUGAUGUGGAUGACGAUGAACGUACAUUCUCCAUCAUGAUGAUUGCUCAUACUCAAGCUCAUGUCAUCAUGACCUCAAAGAAGGUGGGUGAUCGUGUCAAUGUCGAGGUGGAUAUGCUGGCCAAGUAUGCGCUCAAGAGCUUGGAAGACGCUAUCAAGAACAACCAAGGAAUCGAGGCUUUAGUCAAGCGAGUGUUGAAGGCAUAA